CUGUUGACAUGUAAAUGGGACGGAGAGGGAAGCGGCAGCAGCAGAGACCGUGUGUGGUUUUCACUUUGUAGUUUCCCCUCAAACAACAACAUGCUCAGUACGGGACGGUCGGACUAGCUAACAAGCGUCUUCGUCGGAGUGGACACUUUGUGCGACAGUUUGUUUUCGAGCUGAGAGGAUGAAGGGGAUGAAUCCUGGGAGUUUGUGGAGUUUGUAGCAACAGAAGAAUCAGCAGCACUGGCGGCCUAUCCAGCUCCUGUUUGACACCUCUGUCUGAAAGGAAGCUUACCAUGAGUUAGAGGGCAUCGGAGACCGUCGCCACAGCUGCCUUCCCCACCAUCUGCAGCACUGUGUCUGGAGACAGCAGCAUCACUCGCCCUGCUUCAUGAGCCAGCAGGAUGCGGCUGAGGUCCUCGCACUCUCCGAGCGCCUCCUCGUAGCUUCACACAAGGGCCAAGCCGACAAUGUGGUCCAGCUUAUCAACAAGGGUGCAAAAGUAGCAGUCACCAAGUAUGGCAGGAGCCCGCUUCACUUGGCCGCCUAUAAAGGCCACAUUGAGGUUGUGCGCAUCCUGCUCAAAGCUGGCUGCGACCUGGACAUCCAAGACGACGGGGAGCAGACGGCGUUACAACGGGCUGCUGUGGUGGGAAACAGUGAUGUUAUCAGCGCUCUCAUCCAGGAAGGGUGUGCACUGGACAGACAGGACAAGGAUGGCAACACUGCUCUCCAUGAAGUGUCCUGGCAUGGCUUCAGCCAGUCUGUCAAACUGCUGGUGAAAGCUGGAGCCAACGUUCACGCAAAGAACAAGGCGGGGAACACGGCUCUCCACCUCGCCUGUCAGAACGGUCACACUCAGAGCUCCAAGGUUCUGCUCCUCGGAGGCUCCAGGCCUGACAGCAAGAACCAUGGAGGGGACACGUGUCUGCAUGUGGCAGCCCGCUACAACCAUGUAGCUAUGAUCCGCAUCCUGCUGGGAGCCUUUUGCUCUGUUUCAGAGAAGAACCUGGCCGGGGACACACCGCUCCACGUAGCAGCUGCUCUGAAUCAUAAGAAAACAGUACGUCUGCUGCUGGAGGCGGGUGGAGACAGCCGCAUCUGCAACAAUGCAGGUGAGACGGCUUUGGACCAGGCCAGAGAACAUAACAACCCAGAUGUGGCUCUUCUUCUAACCAAAGCUCCACAGGUGCAGAGCUUUGUGCGUGGCAGGAGUGUGAGGAAGAGGAGAGACAAGCUGAAGGCAGAGGGCAGAGCUCAGUCGGUGCCCAGAGAUGAGAUGCUGCCCUGUAAGGACAAUGCAUCUGCUGCUGAUGACACCCAGAGCAGCGACCGAGCUGCCUGCAAACACACUGAGGUGACGGAGUCAAACACCAGGAGGGGAAAGAACAGGAAGCAUAAAGAAAAGCCGUUUAUGUCUGAGCCCCUCCGCCGCAGAGAGACCAGGCACGGCGAAGCCUUUCACAAGAGGAAGAGUAAACUGCGAGGACUCUCCCCUCAUGCAGCCGUCCCUCCACACAACUUUAAAGCCUAUCAGCUUUACACGCUUUACCGAGGCAAGGAUGGCAAGAUCAUGCAGGCUCCUCUGAACGGCUGCCGCUGUGAACCGCUCAUCAGUAAACUGGAGAACCAGCUGGAAGCCACCAAGGAGGAGAUGAAGACUGAGAUCCACACCGUCCAAGACCUGAUGAAUAGCAAGAUGGGUCAGCUGGACCGCAAGAACAAACACCAGAUCCUGGCUCUUGAUAAGAUAACGGUGGAGAGAGUGUCAGCAGAGAGGAGCGAGUGUCUGCAGAGGAUCGAGCAGCGGGCCCUGCAGGAGCGACUGGAGGCGGAGAAGAGACAGCAGGCGUCUCUGGUCAGUGAAUUGAAGAGCUGGUGUCUGUCCAAACUGCAGAACAUGGAGUUUCGAUUCACAGGAGACCCCAGCAGCACCAAGCUGCAGCGCUCCUCCUCGGUGGCCGAGGGCCUGAAUGAAGCCGACGGCGGCGCCGGGCUCACCGUGCUGCCCGCCGGACACGGGGAUAGCUCCCUUUGUCCAGAGCUCCACCACAGUCCUACACUCCUGGACUCCAGCCGCGGGGAAGCCAGCGUGGCAGAGGGCGGUCCAGCCAAUCACUACUUUGUGGUUCAUGUGGAGAGCUCUCCAGAUUGCGAUAAGGCACAUAACGCAGAAGUCGCCUCUCCUGCAGCAGCCAAGAGGUCACUGUCAUCUGUCCAGGUGGUCCGGCCGAAGGAGCGUUCAGUGAUCUGUGCUGACCCCCAGAGGAAGAACAAGGACCUGCAGGACCUGGACAUAGUGGAGUGCGGCGCUAGUGGAGUCAGAGGCCACAGAGCCAGCAGCCUGUCUCCAGCCACAGAGCACCGCUGCAGCAGCAGUGGUGAAGCUGGGCUCAAAGACAAGGAGCGAGGCCGGGACAGAGGGAGGCGCCAUAAAAAACUUCCCCAAGGCAGGAGUAAAUCCAAAGGAGCCACAGGGCCCAAGAUUCUGGAGGUCUUUGGAGACCAGCCCAGUGACCCCACCUUUGCUCAAGAGCGGGACAACAUGCACGCCAUGGAGGUGACUCAGUACUUCUUUGAGGCCGUGUCGACGCAGAUGGAGCGCUGGUACGAGAGGAAGGUGCAGGAGGCUCGCUGGCAGGCCAACGAGAGGGCUCAGGCCGACAGAGCCGCCCUCAUCGAAAGGAUCGCCUACCUGGAGGACGAGCUGCGCCUGCUGAGGACUGACAAACACGACGACAGCUAACACAGAGCCCAUCUGUCACCACCACACUGUACACACCACACAAAAUCAGUGUGGGAUUAGAUUUGAUGACGUGAUCUAGAUUUAUGACACAAGGAACCGAACUGUCACUUGUGGUCGUCAUGGACAACCACAGCCAUACUGAGUUGUUAAGUGCUGCGGGGCCUUGAUCCAUUUUUUUUUUUUUUUUUUUUUUAUACAGAUGACUAAAAAUGUCCCACAUCCAAAAUCCUUUCCUGUUGGUUGUCAUGGUAGCGGCGGGCUGGUGUGUUGAGAUGUGUACAUACAGUACUAUAGAAAUAGGGGCAGCUCUACACUGGGCUGUAAAUAAACCAGUUAAUGUAAAGCUAGAUGUCAAAACAUUGAUCUAAUGUGCCAUUUAUAAGACUGGUGCAGUGCUCGUUUGAGGUCUGUGGAUUUUCUUGACAACCACUCAUCUGAAAACCUCACAGUCGAUGCUGCACUUCCUUCACCCGCCAAGUUAAAAGUCAGUCGAAUGAGCGGUUGUGGGGAGAAAUUCAACAUACAGACAGAUUCCUCUACUUAUAGUUAGAUACAUUACAUCUCAUCAAUACUGAGCAUAUAUUUGCCUAACAACACACUAAAUCUACUGAUUUGAAUAACACAAUGAGACGUUUAUACAUUUUAUUUCGCCUGUUGCACAUCAGACACAAAUGUGCACAUUAGUAUAACUGAAUCACAGUGAAUUCUGUCUGCAUGGAGGGAAUUACAGUACAAUAAGCUUUUUGUUGGUAUCUAGAAGCUGGAAUCAGCCUUGUGACUUUAAAGGAACAACCUACUGCUUAUUUAUGAGAAUGUAGCUGAACUGACACUGUAUAUAAAAACCCUAGUGAAGGUUUGUUUUAAAUGUAUUGAUAUUUGAUUGUGCUGCAUGGUGUGAUUUGUACGGAGGCUGGAGAAUGACAACAGAAGACUUAAAGACUUUUACAGUGUUUAAAUACAAUUAAUUUAUUUUUAAUUAAUUUCUAAACUGAUACAAAGUUUGAAAAGCAUUAAAUGAACUGAUUAAUUCAUUGACAAUUUAAUUAAAGGUUUAAAUAUAUACACACAUACAUAUGUAAUGAUAUACAUCCAGACGGCUGGCAAAUUAAAGGACAAACAAGUGAUGCCUUGUAUCCUAUGGAUGUGGGUCAUUGACAUCCAGUUCAAGUUUUUAAUUUAAUUUGUCACCUGUCUGUUUGUGUGUGCAUGCAUGUAUGUAUAUAUGUAUGUAUGUAUGUAUGUAUGUAUGUAUAUAUAUAUAUAUAUAUAUACAUACAUACAUACACACACACACAUGCACACAUAUAUAUGUAACAUUGAACUAAAAUGUAAAAAUUUCUUAAGUAAUUUCCCAUCUUUAUUUUUUGGUAUUCCAUUUACUAAUUUCUCCAUCCCACUUUUAUUUGUCCCCAGUUUUAACAUUUACAGUUGUUCAAUUUAAAGAUGACUUUUUAAAUAAAAAAGUGAUUGGCUCUCACAGGUACAAUGAAGGAGCAUUUAAAAACCUCUAUUUUCUUUGUUUCAGUUUUAAAAAAUAUUAUUUUGACUAUAAAAAGGGACGUCUUUAAUUGAUUAUAUUAAACACUGUAAAAGCGCAUUAUUGUUCAGUUGCCACAGCACCCUCCAGACUCCAUGGAUCUGACAUUACGAACCUGUGAAUUAAUUUUAACUUCAAGCUAAAAAGUUGCUGCCACAUAAAUACAGUUUUGACACAUCCAUCCUCCUACUGCCAUCCACACCAUGUUUCCGGAGGUUUCUGUAGACACUCAACAGUUCAGCUGUGUAAUGGAUAGUAACCAUAUAUAUAUUAACCCUAGUGUCUUAGGAAGUGUGAGAGGGGAAGAAAGUGUUUACAAUCCACUAAAAUGGACAGUAAAAGAUGAUGCAACACUGGCUUCUGACACAAAACUAUGACCUACUACAAGUUUAUGCCCAUACUUCCUGUUUGUGGCUAAAUCAGCUGAUCUCUCACUACAGGUGACAACUACAAGCCAAGUUCUGAUCAGUUGAACACCGAUAAUCUAGUUUCCCUGCCAAUCAUGUUUACCUGUAAAGGACAAUCUUGACCUUUUUUUAAGAUGAAUUCAAUCAGAAGAUGUUGUAUGAAGAAAGUUGUGUUGCAGUAUUAACUGUCUGCUGUACAUUUGAUGUAGUGACUGUCUGCUCAUACAGGGUUAGUUUUACAUGAACUCUGUGGAUAUGAAUAAUACAGUCUGUAUAAUGAGGCCAGAAAACAUAUUUUGUAUUAAAAAAUGAUUGUUCUUAAA